AUGCGUUUGCUGAACACGUGCUUGUCUGACACGGGGGACUUCGUCAUUCAAAAUUUCUUGGAUUAUGAACUACCCCCGUACGCUAUUCUGUCACAUACCUGGGGCAAAGAGGAAGUUACUUACCAGGAAAUAAACGCGGCCAGCGCGAAGACCAAGAGCGGGUACAAGAAAAUCACAAAAUGCUGCUCGGUAGCUAGGUCAAAUGGAUACAAGUAUGUCUGGAUAGAUACAUGUUGCAUUGACAAGACAAGCAGUGCGGAGUUAUCUGAGGCGAUCAACUCCAUGUAUCUCUGGUACCAAAAGGCUGAGGUAUGCUACGCAAUUCUUGCGGACGUACGGUCUGAAGAUGAAAUUUCCCAGAGCAAAUGGCUUACCAGAGGCUGGACACUUCAAGAGCUGAUCGCUCCAUCAAGGGUGAUAUUCUUGAACGAAAGAUGGGAAGUGCUGGGAGAUAGAGCAACCCUCCGAGACCAAUUAUGUGAAUACACUGGGAUUCCCGCCGGAAUUCUGUCCGGGAACGACGACCUUGAAACGUCCAGCGUCGCACAGAGAAUGUCAUGGGCUGCGAAAAGACAAACGUCGCGAGUGGAAGACCGCGCCUAUUCCCUAAUGGGCAUCUUUAAUGUCAAUAUGCCGCUGAUCUACGGGGAAGGCGAAAAUGCGUUCAUCAGACUUCAGGAGGAAAUCAUGCGGAUCUCAGAUGAUCAGAGUCUAUUCGCUUGGACGUCUUCUGAUGAUCGCGGCGGGCUUCUCGCCACCUCUCCUGCCGCAUUCGCCCAAUCCUAUAACAUUGUGCGAUUCAAUCCGUAUGGCAGUCUUGAUAACCCUUUCGCUGUGAAUAGUAGAGGGGUGCAUCUAGAUAUUGGCUUCGCAGGAUUAUCAGCCGACGGCGAAGGUGUCGGAAUCCUUAACUGUGUGGAAAGAACCUGCACAGAAAGAACCCAGCAAGAUAAGGUUAUUGCCAUCUACUUGGAGGAUUUGACUUUCACUUUGCAUCUGUUCAAGAGGGUUAAAAGCAGGGUUUUGCGACGUAUCGAUCUCGGAACCUUUCGACCAACCCGAUAUCCCGUGAGAAGGAUUUGUGUCCGAGGCGGUCGCACAAUGCUCAUACAAAAGCGUACUGCCGUAGAACAAGACGUCAUCCCCCCAGAAAUGAUUCAACUUCUUGAAGAGCUAAGGCUUCCGAUGCGUUAUAGAGAACCAGCAGCAUUAUUGAUGAUCACAAAAGCAGGCAUUAGAGGUGGUGUAUGGUUGUUGUUGACUCAAAGUGACGUCAGGUUAGAGAUAACGGAUCAGAAUGGUCAGACACCCCUAUCACUUGCUGCAGAGAAUGGACAGGAGGACAUUGUGCAGAUGCUCCUUGAGAGAGGCGCCUCAGUUGAGACCAAAAAUUCGGAUAGUCAGACACCGCUAUCAUUGGCCGCAGCGAAUGGGCACGAACGCAUUGUUCAGAUGCUUCUUAAGAAAGGUGCCACAACUGAGACCAGAAGUUCAAAAGACCAGACACCGCUAUCUUUAGCUGCGGAGAAUGGACAUGAAAAGAUUGUCCAGAUGCUUCUUGAAGUUGGCGCCGCAAUUGAGGCUAGGGGUCAGUGGGGCGAGAGAACACCGCUGUCACUGGCAGCAGCGAACGGACAUGAAGGCAUUGUCCAGAUACUUCUUGCCAGAGGUGCUGCAAACAAGUAUAGCGAUCAAUGGCUUCAGAUGCCUCUGUGGAAGGCUACAGAGAAUGGACAUGAAGGUAUCGUCAAGAUGCUUCUUGAAAGAUGCGACGAUACUGAGAAUCAAGAUACGUGGAGGUGGGAAUCAUUGCUAUCACUCGCUACGGAGAAUGGACAUGAAGGUAUCGUCAAGAUGCUUCUUGAGAGAUGCGACGAUACUGAUAAUCAAAAUACGUGGAGGUGGGACUCAUUGCUAUCACUCGCUACGGAGAAUGGACAUGGAGGUAUCGUCAAUAUGCUUCUUGAAAGAGGCGCCAAAAUCAAGACAACACAUCCGAACGGCUGGGAGGACAUCGCUACAUGGCUUCAGCGAAUGGCUAUGAGGCUGUUACCUGCCUCUUCACACGCCGCAACCUAA